CACACGAAGAGAGAGAGAGAGAGAGAGAGAGAGUCUUGGGUUUGAGGGAUCAAUGGGUUCGUCUUCAGGGCAAAGCAGUGGCGGCUAUGAUUACGCCUUCAAGAUUUUAUUGAUCGGUGAUUCCGGCGUCGGAAAAACCAGCCUCAUCGUCAGCUUCGUCUCCGACUCCAUCGAACCUCCUCUGCCCACCGUUGGUAUGGAUUUGAAGUUCAAGCUGCUCACAGUAGGUGGCAAGAAAUUGAAGCUCACAAUUUGGGACACUGCUGGACAGGACAAGUUCAGAACAUUAACACACUCUUUUUAUCGAGGUGCCCACGGAAUUAUUCUUGUUUAUGACAUAACGGUUAGAAGCACCUUUACAGCCAUAUCAGAUUUCUGGUUUAAAGAAGUGGAAAUUUACACUACAAAUCCGAAGUGUGUCAAGAUGCUUGUUGGAAAUAAAGUUGACAGAGAUUCUGAAAGAGUUGUAAGUCAAGAGGAGGGAAUCGCACUAGCAAAGGAGCUUGGAUGCUCAUUUUUCGAAUGUAGUGUUAAAACUAGAGAAAAUGUGGUGCAAUGCUAUGAAACGCUUGCAUUAAAGAUAAUGGAGGUUCCUAGUCUUGUGGAAGAAGGAUCUCCAGAGAAGAAAAAUGGUGAAAAGCUGAAGGACGACAAAGCACCUCCCGUUGGGGGUGGUGGUGGCGGCGGCGGCAGCAGCGGCAGUUGCUGCUAAAAGCAAGAUUCACAUAUCAUGAACAUGAACAGAUCAUGCAUGUACAUUUUAAUUUCUCUUGUAAUUUCUUACUGCUCCUCUUGCUGUCAUCAAGUUGCUUAAAUACUUGUACCAUUGAAAAAUGGAAUAUUGGCUCUCAAAUAACAUAUAUUAACUUGUGGAAAUUGUUUGCUUUUGUUUU